GGGAGGUCGCAGAUGCUGGUGGGGACCUGGAGCCUCUGCCACUCCUGCCUGAGCCAUGCACCUCUGUGGCCAGGAUGUGCUGCUGUCUGGGACAAACCAGGUGGAGUGUCAGAGGCAGCUGAAGAAGAAACAGAAGAACCGGGUGGCCGCCCAGCGCAGCCGGCAGAAGCACACGGACAAGGCAGAUGCCCUGCAUGAGCAGCAUGAGUCCUUGGAGAAACACAACCACGCCCUGCGGAAGGAGAUCCACACCCUGCAGGCAGAGCUGACCUGGUGGAGCCGGACCUUGCACCUCCAUGAGCGCCAGUGCCCCCUGAAAUGUGCCUCCACCCCAACUCCACUGCUUACCACCUGCUGGGGCCAGGCUGAGCAACUCCAGGGACAGUCUGCCCCUGAGAGACAACAUGGCUGCCAGGAGAAGCCCGGUUCCUCUCCUCUAGACCAGAAUCUGUGUUCAAAUCCACUAGACCAGAAUCUGUGUUCAAAUCCACUAGACCAGAAUCUGUGUUCAAAUCCACUAGACCAGAAUCUGUGUUCAAAUCCACUAGACCAGCAACUGUGUUCAAAUCCACUAGACCAGCAUCUGUGUUCAAAUCCACAGGGUCAGGAUUCUCCUGGCCUCCUCCCAUCCCCGCCACCACAGCCCUCAUUAUCUCCUGGACCACCUAUAGUGACUUUUCCUCCUGCCCAGCUGUCCCCCAGCCCUGUCCUGUCUGCUUUGCCUCCUGAUUCCAACUUCCUUGUGUACUGUCCUAAGCUCAGUGCCCGCCUGCCCAGUCCCCCGGCCCAGCCUGCCUCUCUACAGCUCCUUGGGCUGGAGCACCCUAUCAAAGGAAGGCCUGAGUCUUCGGCACACAACCCAGCGGUGGCUUUGGGGCUCACGUGUCCACAGAGCCAGGUACACAAGCCCGAGCUCCUGCUCCCUGGAGCAGAUGGCCAAAGGCUGGAGGAGGAUCCUGACCUCCACCCUCUCCUGGCCUUCCCACUGCUCUCCUCUGCUCAAGUUCAAUUCUAGCCCAUUUGCCCCAGCAGGGCUGCCCCUUCCUGGGACUCAGGAAACAACAGCCUUAGUACCAGGCUGUUCCUCCAUUUCUCCUGGAGGCCACCCUUCUUAGUCGACCAGUUGGUUCAGGAUUUUACCAUGGAGAAAUAGCUGUCACUCCUGUGGCCAGUGAUCUCCACCAUUAUUUUAUUUCACCACCACAGUCAUCCAGAAAAAUCAAGGUUACCAC